AUGUCGGUGAACGAGAUGUUCGUGGAGAUUCCCAUUGUCCGAUUCACAGAUCUGGACACAGUGCCCGUUGAUCACGGAGGGCGGAAAUUUCACAGUGUUGACGCAAAACAGGCAACUCUCAAGAGCACCAUUAAGAUUGUUGUAGGGGUGGUCACGGCUUCGCCCUUAGCGGAGUGCUUCUUGCUGGACUGGUCCAUCAUGAGCCCUUUGGCCACCUCCCAAGUGGAGACCCUCGACGUGGAGAACCAGGCCUUCUUUGAGAAGAACGUGCAGCUUUUGAGCUCAGCUCUGCAGAACCUGGCUGAGGAGCAGCAGAAGAUGGCCAACUACGAGCGAAGCGCCGGCCGCAAGGGCGACGACAAGGGCAAGGGCAAGGGCUAUCCACGGGCCCAACCUCAGCCAUUGGACACCAUGGUGCUUAGCAAGCAGAUCCAGAACUAUUGCAAGGCCAUCAACAACUAUGCUGGAGAUGCCUUUAGCAAGGUGCAGCGGGCCCUGGCGGUGCAUGGCGUGAUUUGGAGCUGUGUGAGUAUGAUGAUGCACAUCGAGCUCGUGGAUGCGGGCGGCAAUGGUCAGAUCUCUGCGGCUGAAUUCAAGGAGAUCUUCCGGCAGAAGUUCGUUUGCAUCAAGGAGAUUUCCAUGACUGACGUGCUGCAGGUCUCCAGCAGCAAGACCAUGGGGAAGGUGGAGACGGGCGAGGUGAUGGAAGCUUUGGGUGCUGUGGCCAAAGAUGAAGCCACUGGCAUGGAGCGUGUGGAGGUGAAAGUCGAAGGUUCUGGGAAGCAAGGCUUUGUGACUUUGAAGGGCAACCAGGGCACCACCUACCUGCAGGAGUCCUCACCGUUCAAUGAUUUCUGCACGGCCCUCGACAAGAAGGUGGAGGAACGAUCGGUGGCGGUGAAGAAAGUCAUCGCGUUCCUGUCAACGAAGAGUGCUGAGCUGCAGCAGGUGCCCAAUGGGCCCCUUGCAGAGGCAAAAGCAGAGAUUGCCAAGCUCAGACCGAAGGCGCAAGAAUACGCAGCGCAGAUCCAGAAACUCAAGGGGAAGGUGAACAACGCCAAGAAGGAGUUCGCCAAGGCCGAGGCCGCCGAGCGCACCGCCCACAUCGAGGCCAAGGAAAGGCGUGAGGCGGAGGCCAUCCUGAAGGAGGCCAAUGGCCAGUUCGAGGCUGCGGAAGAGCAAAGCAACAAGGUCACUGCGGCCGCCGAGGCGCUGCUGGCCGCCGCCAAGGGCGAGGGCGGAGCGGAGCUGGCCAAGUUCGCCACUCCGAGCAGCGUCCAGCAGGAAGUGGAGAGAUUGGUGCCAGAAGCUGCUGCUGCCUUCCAGAAGAUGAAAAGCCACAUCGUGGAGGAGAGCAAGAAGAUUAAGGCCAAGCAGGGACAACAGGCCAAGAAGCAGAUGCUCCAGAUCAACACCAAGGCUGAGACGCUCGUCAAGAAGAACAACACAACGCUGCAGGCAGUGAACUCCGCGUGCGCGAAGAUCUCCGAGAGCGGCGCCGCACGGGCCGCGGUGGCACUGCGGAAGCAGGUCCAGGAGAAGGGCGGAGACUUCGAUGUUUUCUUCACUGACCUGGCUGGUUCAGGUGGCCAGAUCAGUCACGAGGCUCUUUGCAAGUGCCUAACAAGCAUGGACGCAGAUCUUCCUGCCGAGCAUGCGAAGCUCAUUUGCCGGAAGAUCGAGGCCGGGCCCAUUGGGAAGCGCGCUUUCCAAGGCUUCGUGCAGAAGUACUACGUGGUGCUCACGGCCAUUGCCAUCACCACGGAGUUCGAGAUUAGCAAGGCACCGAUUUCAUCCGCCGAACCAGGCCGACGUGGAUGA